UCCCUGCGCCUGAGCAGUAGUCGCCACACUUUAACAAUCCUACCAAUUGAGCAGCAGUUAGAAGUUUAGAAAAAUGCCCUUCACUGUUUUCAGAAACGCUUCUGAUUUGAUCACGUUAUUCCGCUGUGGAUAACAGCAGAGAUUUUUUUUUUUUUUUUUACAAUUUAUUUUUUUGUUGGAUUAACUUUACAAGGAAGAGAGACUGACAGGCUGCUACACUGGACUGAAGGAUGGAGACGUUGUUUUACAUGAUCGCGCUCGCUUUGGCACGGACGUCUUGGGGUCUUGGAUACGCGGAGCCCGGGGUCCUUAGUGGCCAGAGGGCGGCUAGUAGACACAGGAACUGGUGUGCUUAUGUGGUGACCCGCACUGUUAGCUGUGUGAUGGAGGACGGCGUGGAGACAUAUAUCAAACCAGACUACCAACGCUGUACCUGGGGCCAGUGUCCUCGAGUGGCGUAUCGGACAUACAGGAGGCCAAGGUACAAGGUGGCUUAUAAAAUGGUGACAGAAAUGGAGUGGAAAUGUUGCCAUGGAUACUCGGGGGAGGACUGUCACGAGGGGCCAGGCAACGGCGGCCGACCUCAUGUCACACAGACAGGCCACACACAAGGCGGCGGACAGAGUGGAAAUGGUGACAGUGAAAAAGUCAAACAGCUGGAAGGAACAAUCAAUGGCCUUAGCAGAGACCUUCACAACCUACAGACUUCCAUUCAUGAUUUAAACAAGAAAUUUUCAGUUCUAAACGGAGCGAUUGUGCCAGCCGAUUCUGCCCAACCACACAUGAAGGAAACGAUCAACAACAUCAACACCAAGCUGGACCAUCUGUAUAAUAGGACACAGGUCCAUGAUCAGACCCUGCUUAACAUCAACAACCACUUAGAGAAUGGAGGGGGAAACGACCUGGAUGGAACUGCCGUAGGAGGAGGACUUCGGGGGAACCAGCUGAACACACUCAAGGAACAAAUCCUGACAGAGCUGGAGAGAAGGGUGACUCUGUCCUGCUCUGCCUGCCAGGCUGGCGUAGAAGAUCUGAGAAAGCAGCAAGAACAAGACAGAGAAAGAAUUCGAUCCCUGGAGAAGUUGAUCAAUUCCAUGGACCAACAUUUCCGACAGAACCUUCAAAUCGUUAAAAGUGAGGCUGAACAGUCCCAGACGUGCUGCAACACGGUCACUCAGCUGGAGAAGAGAUUGACAGAUCUAGAUAUCCGCGUCACCUCCACUUCCAGCAAGUGCGACACCAUUAAAGGGCGACUGGAUAAGGAGUUGUCUGGAAGUGUAGGAGGAAAGGGAAGGGUGACAGAAGACAAGAUGAACGUCAGACUGAGAGAGUUAGAGAAGAGGGUGAACAACACCGUGAGAAAAACAGAACAAAGGUGUACUAACACCAACAACAAUCUAAAGGACAGUGUCCAAAGAGAUGUCACGCAGCUCCGGAACAUGGUCCUAACUCAGCUGGAUGAUCAUAGCUUCAAAAUUGGAAAACUAGAGCUUGAUGUGGCCGUUCUUGGAGACACCGUAACUGACCACAGUCGGCGUUUAAGCCAGAUGGAGAAUGUCACAAUAUUCCUGGACAGAAGUUUGACAGAAACGAAAAAAAUGUGCAAUGACACUUGUGGGCGCAACGGAAAAGAUCGUAAAACUGAAGACACUGUAAAAACCUUGGAGUGGAGAGUCGUGGCUAACCAAGGGGAAAUCCAGAAAUUCAACACAAGAUUAAAUGAUUUGUCUGUGUCAGGUGACUCACUGGCAGACAGGAUUAUUAAUCUAACAGAUGAUGUCAAAAAGAUCAUUGCCGUGACAGGCAAGGAUGGUGCUAACUUCAACAAGAUAGUCACGCAAGUUGAAACACUCAGCCAGGAUUGGGAAGACUGUUUUGUUUGCACCAGUGUGGAAGAAGAUUUACGUUUGCUGGCCAACUCCACCACAACGGGCCUCAACACGUGUCGGACAGAACUGAACGAUCUACGCAGGAAAGUGGAUUCGGGAGAAACAAUGUGCUCUCAGGUGUGCUCAGACCUCCAAGAAGAAGUAGGGCGACUCAGAGACAAAGUGGAGAAGAGCAGUGAACAGUGUCAAAUCAACAUCAAUGAUGUGAGGAAUCGCUUGGACGGUCACACUGACCACAAUGGAAGAUUAGGAGGGGAUCUGAAGUCCAUCCAAGGAGAGCUAUCUAAGGUCAUGGACACAUUCCACUCCAUUAAUGACACCCUUAAGAACAUGGAUACGAGCAUACGGAUGCACGGGUACACACUAGAUGAUCUGACGGACACUAACGACAGGAUCGAUUCAGAGGUGGACAAUUUGAAGAAGGAUCUGGCCGAGCACGGGGAUGACUCAAGCAGUCGAUUCAGCAACUUUGGAAAAGACAUCGAAGUGAUCAGGAGUAACUAUGUGACGGAAGUCGGGGAGUGUCGACGGGCGAGCGAUGGCCUAGAACGCCGUCUUGCCAAACUUGAAGGACUGUGCGGACGCUUCGAUUCUUUUUCGGACAGUUUGCAGAGGAUCAAGGAGGGCUUGAACCAACAUGUGUCUGGAUUGUGGAGCUGUGUCAAUGGACUCAAUGUAACAGUCACAUCUCAAGGACAUGUAAUUGACAGUAUCCAGAAUGUCCAGCUCGAGAAAGUCCACUCCAAAAUCCACAGGCUGAACUCAUCUCUGCUAGAUCUGGCAAAGGAGUUUCAUGAUUUCGUACGACAGGAUUUCAUGGGUCCACCUGGUCUACCGGGCCCCAAAGGUGAGCGAGGGCAGCCUGGACCUCAGGGAGUUGUGGGACCCCAAGGAAAGGUGGGGCCUCAGGGUGAACAGGGCAAACAAGGACCAGCUGGACCCCCAGGUCUCAGAGGUGAACAGGGUCUUGCAGGGUCUGAUGCCCAUGUGCCACGACUUUCGUUCUCCGCGGCGCUCACCAGGCCGAUGAGAGGUGUCGGAACCAUCGUGUUCAACGAAGUAUUUGUCAAUGAAAAGAACGUCUAUAACCCCAGAACAGGUUAUUUCACAGCUCCAGUGAGAGGGAGGUACUUUUUCAGUGGAAUCCUAACCGGCCAUAAGAAUGUGAAGAUUGAGGCAGUAUUGUCCAAAUCCAACACCGGUGUGGCUCGAGUAGACUCAGCAGGAUAUCAGCCUGAAGGCCUUGAAAAGCCCAUGGCGGAAGCAAAACACAUCCCUGGAGCUCUGGCAGUUUUUAACAUCAUCCUGCCUAUGGAGGAGGGGGAUACGGUCUGUAUCGACCUGGUCACCGGCAAGCUGGCGUACUCAUCAGAACCUUUGACCAUCUUCAGUGGGAUGUUACUCUAUGAGAACAUCUGAUUGGAUGAACACUGGUGACAUUUUUAGAGCAUGGACUCUUUGUUUGUGUAAAGACAACACAACCAGGCAGUUACGGAGAUCCGAGAGGGUCUCUUGAGAGCAUACAAAGGUUCUUUCAGGGAAUUGCAUUAUUUGAACUUGAGUCACCAGACCUAAAUAAAAAUGCUUUCACUUUUGAACCAAUUAUUCCUGCUUCACAGCUUUGAGACACUUUUAUUUUUCAAUUGAGAUCUUGUUAUCAAUUAAGUAGCUUCUUGGUUAUCUGACAUUCAUAUUUCUUGCCAAAACUUUUAAUUUGUGAUAUUACAGCCCUCAGGUGCCUUAUUAAUGAAAGGGCGGGAGGAGAAUCAAUAACCACAUGAUGGUUCUUAAUGUCUGUGUUAUCCAUCCCCAGAAUAAAAUGUCUGCAGGUUUUUACCAUGUUCAGACAUUUUUCUCUCUAAUGAUCGCGAUUGUUUUUGUGCUGACGUUUUCGAUUUGACCACAAGUCCAUUCCGAGAACCACGAUGCAGGAAGCCAACUGUCCUGGAAAAAUGCAGAGGGAAAUAAGUGGGAGUGUGACAGAUUAAGACCACUAUUCUUUGCAGGAAAAGCAAAAGUAAUGUCGUCCAAGAGUUUGUGUUCUAUUGAGAACUACCAGCAAUGUCUUCAUAAUUUGUUUUUCAUCAAUAAGUUGGGUAAAAUGUUGUACAAAUAUUCAUUUCAAUUAAUGCAUUCUGUUACCAAUGAAUGAUUUAGUAGAAAUAUCCCCUUGUCAUUGUCGAGAAUGGCAUAUUUUUUCCAAAGAAUUGUGCACUCUUGAAGGAAUGUAAAUAUUUUUGAAAACAAUUUAUCAUGGAAUAUUUUUAUGCGCUACCACUUCACCUUGCAAGGUACUGUAUGUUUUUGUAUGUUUUGUACUAUGAGUGCCAAAUACAAGAUACAAACUACA